UUGAGUGGGCACCACUGGCGUCAUUCGCUAUGCAUUGUGGGUACUGUAGUUACUACUGGUACGAAAACCCGGAACUUCAAAUCCAUUCUGCGGAAGUUUGUGCUGCCAAAUAAUGGAAACAAUUGUGUUUGUUUGGACGAGUUGCUCUGGGACAUGUUAGGGCAAGUACCGUCACCGAAAUGAAGGAAAUACUCCGAAAAUUCCUGUGAAAACACCGUAGCAUCUGUUGCAUAGGCUCUUUGUUCAGAUGGCUAGUUAGUAGCUUAAGGUGUUGUCGUCGUGUUCUGAGAAGUGGUCACAAUGUUGAUUGUUAAACGCGUGGUGUGCUUUGCGGGAACCACCGUCCCGCGAUGCACCGCCCUCUCUGUGAGCUACUUAUCUGCUUGGCACUGCCUACUCUCCCCAAAGAGACACAGUCCGUACAGCUCGGUGGACAGUGAUCGCUACUAUUCUCUUGUGAAGUCCGUCAUGUCAUCCAGGGUCAGUUCCCAAACCCCCGAGAACCUGCAAGCGGAGGACGAACACGUUUACGGACCCAUUGUCAAAGGUCCAGCGCCCUCCUCCAGACCAGCAAUGAGGGUACUCCAAACCAUGCAUCCCUUCUCACACUCUCUCGAGACUCUAGAAGCGGAGGAGCCAGAGACAGGACCCCCAACCCGGAUCAUAUUAAACCGAGAAGACAGUUCUUCCGUUCCAAGUGUGACCCGCAUUCUUCAGCGGACCCUGUCCACAGAGCAGAUCUUCUACCUGGAGCGGUGGAAGAGGAGAAUGAUCGCAGAGCUCGGAGAGGACGGCUUCAAAGAAUACAGUCAGAAUUUAUUUAAGCAAGGGAAGCUUUUCCAUUCAGCUGUUGAGGACAUCCUGGCUUCAGGGGCGACUUGCCAGCACAGAAGCCCUUCGGAGACUUCAGAGUAUCCACUGGAGGUCCAGGGCUACAUGGAGAGCAUCUCUCAUGUGCUGGAGGAUGUCACGGCAGUGAGAGCCACCGAAAGCACUGUGCAUCAUGACGCACUUAACUAUCGGGGGAUUUUGGAUUGUGUUGCUCGCUACAGGGGUGUACUAUGUGUUAUUGACUGGAAGACUUCCGAGAAGCCCAAACCUUUCCUGAGCAACACGUAUGACAAUCCUAUUCAGGUGGCAGCCUACGCCGGUGCUUUGAACAAUGACAGCAACUACAAGUACCAGGUUGAAAAUGGACUCAUCGUAGUGGCCUACAAGGAUGGCUCACCCGGCCAUGCUCAUCAGUUGAGCUCAGAGCUGAUGUUGCACUACUGGAAAACUUGGUUGAUUCGUCUCGAAGAGUUCACAGAAAAAAGCUCCAGUCACGCAUCAAGUGCUUUUGGGCAAAAGGGAUUAGAUGUUUGAAGAGAGGUCUGCAAGGGCACGUCCACGGAGCAAGUCCUUUCAGUUUAAGGCAGCUGAAACUGAAAUUAAAAUAUAACAUGUUUCCACGCGCUUGGAGGCUAAAAAUCGAAACCCAACAGCAGGGUACCCCCUCACCAGGGAGUCUCUUAGGCAAGGCAAGGCAAUGCAAGUUUAUUUGUAUAGCGCUUUUCAUACACGAGGCACAUCAUAACAUGUCAUACAAUAAAGUGCCACUGUGCUGAUCAGGACUUUGGCUUAGCCUUUCCCUUUGUGCACUGGCUGUACAAAAAGCCCAACGCACACAAUGCAUCGGUCAGGAUCCAGAAUGCAACUUUCCUUCCGCGCCCAGCACGCAGAAGCAGAGGGAGGUUGUGAGCAUGUUCCGGAUCAUCCGCACUGUGUCCUUGUUGCUACCAAACUUUCAUGUCUGAUUCAAAACCGACCCAACAUGGGACUCAUACAGAGAGCUGAGUGAGAUAUCCUAAGCUGAUGCAGAACACAGUGGUCCUGUAUUUUAAAAUCAACUAUUUAACCAAAAAUAUAUAUUUAGUCACACAGUUGAAAGUACAAAAGUUGGUUGAUUCAGCUGUCUAAAGAGGGAAUGCUGGAAACAUCCUGCAGUGUCAUCAGGUGACACACUGCCUUUGACUAUUUCCAUGUAGCAAAGAUGUGUUUCUUGGACAGAAAUAAGAAAGGAAAUUCUUUUAAUAAAUGUGUAAAACUUCA